CGCAGCUAAGCGCUCGCUUGCGCCCACAAACCACCUGCGCCUAGGUUAACUAGUUAGCGCCAACCAUCCUGCUGCAGCUAGAUUUUCCCGCAUUUACAGAAUGAUGCUAUUCUCAUAACACACACAGCGGGCGUUAAUAACGCAUUCUUUCUGCUACGCGAUUGUAAUUCUUAUUCUUCUCUGAUGUUUAGUCCACUCUUGCCAAUACAACACCCGCAUUUUUGCGGGAAGUUUGAAAAUAGAUAGAUGUUUACCUCUUGUUUCCGCCGCCUCAUGUUGACCGCACCCUGAUUUGUUGGUCACUGUGCAAGAAUGGGGGUAGAGUCACAGCGGGAUCGCGACCAGCGGGUUGCGAAGCUAUGGGAAACCCUGGAUACCCGCGAUGAGGGCCAAAUAGACCUCAAGGGGUUUAAAAAGGGUCUACGGAAAAUGGACCACCCCCUUAAAAAUGCAGAAGACCUUGUCAGCGACGUCCUUUCAUACGUGGACACCAGCGGGGAUGGGAAGAUACAGUUCAACGAAUUUCGAGUGUUUGUCGAACGGGCCGAAAACGAGCUCUGGCGACUGUUUAAGUCGAUCGAUCAUGACCAAAAUGGGCACCUUGACAAGGAAGAACUACGAACUGCCUUUGCGAACGCUGGCUUGACUAUCCCGAAGAAGAAGCUGGACGAGUUCUUUACCGACGUGGACACCAACAGGGACGGUGUAAUCACUUUUGAUGAAUGGAGGGACUUCCUCCUUUUUCUUCCCGCAAGCACCUCCAACCUCGGCGGUCUGAUAUCGUAUUACAGUGCUCUUGGAAACCUAAACCCGGAAGGAGACGUCCACAUAAAUGAACCUUUCCAAGGAUCAGUGAUCCAAUUACAUCGCGAGGCUCAACCCACACACCAUCAGUACUACUACAACCUGGAAACAGUUCCGUUCCUCACUGAUGAUGAGCUGGAGUGGCUUGUUCUUCCAACCGCCGUCUCGCUAUGGUUGUGGUAUCAAUCUGUCACACAAAUAUUGACGGACGGUACACCUCAAAUAGGUUAUUUCCUUGCGGGCGGAAUGGCAGGUUGCGUAUCAAGAACGGCCACUGCCCCCCUCGAUCGUUUGAAAGUAUAUCUUAUCGCCCAGACCGUUAUGAAGGAUACCGCUUUUACCGCAGCAAAGUCUGGCCACCCUCUGGAAGCUGUAAAGAGAAUGGGGAUGCCCCUCAUAGAAGCAACCAAGGAUCUAUGGCGUGCUGGAGGAAUACGGAGUUUGUUUGCAGGGAAUGGCUUGAACGUGGUCAAGGUUAUGCCCGAGUCUGCUAUCAAGUUUGGCGCGUACGAGGCUUCAAAACGUAUGUUCGCCAACCUUGAGGGGCAUGGCGAUACAAAAAAUCUACUCCCAACCUCGCAAUUCCUGGCUGGUGGUAUCGGAGGAAUGGUUUCUCAAUGUUUUGUUUACCCUUUGGAUACGCUUAAAUUUCGCAUGCAAUGCGAAGUGGUUGAAGGUGGACUACAAGGCAACCGGCUCAUCAUGGCCACCGCCAGAAAGAUGUGGACGGGUAAUGGAAUUCACUCUUUCUUCCGCGGCUUGCCGCUUGGCCUGAUUGGAAUGUUCCCAUACGCCGCGAUCGACCUCACGACCUUCGAAUACCUGAAGUCAAUUCUUCUAGCUCGCAAAGCUAGAAUAUACCACUGUCAUGAAGACGACGUGCCCCUUAGCAAUUUCGCCACUGGUGCUAUCGGUGCUUUCAGCGGUGCCCUCAGUGCUUCGAUAGUUUAUCCGAUGAAUGUUCUCCGCACAAGACUGCAGGCACAAGGCACCGUCCUGCAUAGCCCGACAUACACUGGCAUUGUCGAUGUAACGCGCAAAACAUUAAGUCAGGAAGGGAUACGCGGCCUGUUUAGAGGAAUAACCCCGAAUUUACUAAAGGUCGCCCCGUCGGUGUCGAUCAGUUACAUCGUGUACGAAAAUUCGAAGCGGCUAUUUGGUUUAACUUAAAAGCAUCCCUACAGGCAUGUUUGUGUAUCAAAUUACUCUUAUCGUCCCACCGACCCGGAAAUAUAUCUACUCUUUUCUAGAGCCAAACGGCAGAGGGCUUCCACAGGCCAGUCCGUUCUAUCCAUCGCCAUCCCUUUUAUAUAUGCAUGCAUGCUAUAUGAGGCCAUGAUAUAUUCUCUAGGAUCCCCACGAGCCGUGCCGCUGCAGUGCUUCUUUCCAUUUUCCUGUUUUUAUCUAUCUACCUUCGUCCUUUUCUAUAUUCCACUUUUUGACAUUUCAAUAUUUAUUUAUUUUUCUUUUUUUCUUUUUUGUAUUCCAUUAUUCUUUUUCGCCUUUGACAAGAAUACCCUGAACACAUUUCUGUUUUUAUUUUUUAUUUUUCACUUUUCUCUUUUGCAUAGCCGUGCGGCGUACCAGAGCAUCUUAUUCUGUUCCUAUCCCAAUUUCCUUCUAUCAGCGUACUGUACAUAUGUACAGUAUAGCGAGCACAUUCGUGGAUUCUCUCCGCGGCAACAUACAACCAUCUCGACAUAUUUUUCCUUUUUAAAACCCUGGAUAUAUAUACAAAAAAUAAGUAAUAAAUAUAGCGUGGGGUAAGCAAAAUUACAAUUCAUUAUCUAAAGGAUAGACGGCCACCUUGGAAAAUAUACUUCAACUUCCUGAACCCAUUCAACGCAGAUUAUAUAGACUUCGAGUGCCUAGUGACCUACGGGAGCAGAACUAGCCAAAACAAAUCGAGAAUCUACAGUUCUAUCCACAUCCUUACAUGGUCUUAUGAAACGCUUCAAGUGCCUUGUCCAUAUCAAUCUUCUCAAUCCUCUCCUGAAUCCUCCCAACUCCUAACGAGCUGCUCCGCCACAUCCACCCAUACAACUUCCGCUUUACCAAUCCCUGCAAUCCCUUCCUCGACGGCUAACUUCACCAACUUCCCACCCCUCUUCCUAACAACCCCAUCAACUGACCGUCUCAAUAUCCGCUACAGACGCAUGCAGCACAAUCGCCGCUAUGAGAUCGUGUUCUGCCGCACAAACCAUACCAGGACUCAGCGCGUCAACAAUAUCCACCCUUUGCCCCUCGACCAGACUCCCCAUUUGGUCCUGCAUAUGCACAGACUUGGCGCCCUGUAUCGUCGCGAGGCGGAACGCAUCCCUAACACUCCCUGAGGUCUUCACAAUGGGUAUUUCACCCUUUUCGAUCAGCUCUUCGUUACGCACGGCUUGGGCAGAUUGUAAACCCAGACGCCUCUGCGUGAUCAUGUCGGAGCAGUUGUUGGAGUGGCAGUCUAUGCCCAGCGAGCAUUGGUCCUUUAUGUUGUCAUGGAAGCAGACGGGUAAUCUGUGACCCAUUUGUAACUCUGUUUCUGGGGUGCUGGAGACAAAGGCAUUGGUUGAGAUGAUCUUCUGCGCGGCGGCUGGAGAGACGUCGGUGGCAUCGGAGAGGAUGAUGUUUGCGCCUAAGAGGUUGUAGGAGUCGAGUAUGUCGACGAGGGGUACACCAUUGUAGUCUUCGUUGGGUGGUGGAACGGGUUUCAAUUGUUAGCGGUUGCACUUGGUAAUGUGCUGUGAUAAUUUUGACUCCAGCCUUUGUCACCCGCUCAAACAUUUCGAUAAUCAUUUCCUAGGCAAGAAGAACAAGUCCAAUGCAAAGCCGAGCUAGAUACGGCCGUCACCAAGGGGAGCUAGCUACCUGGGCGAGUUUAUCGAUGGUUUUGAACACCCAUGCAGGGAAAAUGUCCUGGUUCACUGUAAAAUGGGGAUCUCAUGAUUUCACUCUUACGGUGGGAGUGAAACAGAAAAUCGAGCGGAUGCCUGAGGCAAUUUUUACGGAGACGGCGUUCUCGACUAAGAUAAUUAAACAGGAGUGAGUAACGUUGAAGUUCAGAGACAGAUUCUCUUUUUGCGGUCUUCAAAUUAAAGAUCCUCGUACCAUGCGCUGCCGAGUAGCUCAUGUGCGCCAUCGAUGGAGGCAAGACAGCCACCGAGUUGUCCCCAGGAAAUAUCGCUGGCCGUAUAGUUCGAGCAUUGCAUGUUUCCUGGUCAGAGAAUACGACCAGUUAACUAUGUGUCGCCUCAUAAUGCUCACUAGUAUUCCUCAACUAACAUAUUGCUGCAUCUCGGGUAUCAGGACAUGGAAAAGAUCGAAAUGUAAGAUUCAAGGUGAAAACUUCACAGAACAACCAGAACAUACAUCCGCCCCAAGAUUCCAUUCAUUACUUCAAAUAGAAACCUUACCGCCUCAGUCAACAGCAACGAAAUAAACAGCAAAUGGCAUGCCACAUACCAGAAGGCAUGUACUCCAUCAACGAAUGAUCCGCAUGCCUGCUCUUCGGCUGCGUCUGCCAGAGAUGAAUGGUGCGUAUCAACGAAGCCCGGCGAUACAAUAUUGCCACGACAAUCAAUGACUUCCGUGUCCGCAGAGGGAGCCUGGACAUCCGCAUGCGGAGCUAUGCGGGUGAUUAUGUUGCCCUCGAUGAGACGGGAGUGCCCGCUCAGUGGGACAGCAUAAGUGCUUGCCCUGGAGCUAGGGACGAUGAUUGCUGAGUUUUGGAGGAGGAUUGAGGAUGGCAUCGUGUCGCCGCUUGUUAAUGAAAGGUAUGAUAUGGUUAGAUAAGGUCUUGGAAGGCUGGUGUGUAGGGAAUAUGGCAGAUGUGACUUUCUUUAUAUGCGCUUCCUUCUGCUCCGGGCGCAUCUUAUAUACAUGGGAGGAGGGGUAGAUAGAUGAUAGCGGGGGUAGUUUCACAAAAAGAAUAUAUAAAACCCAUAGGAUGAAUAACUUAUGCAUCCUGGACUGUUUAUUCAUGGAGUUGUAAGGGCUACUCUCGAUCGCAAACAUGAGAGACUCUGGACCUCCUUU